UUCGAGCAGGGCCGGGCCGAGGGGCAGGGCCGGGCCGAGGGCCGGGGCCAGGCUCCCCCUGGGCACAAGGAGCACAUCUACGAUGAGCCCGAGGGCCGCGCUCCCCGCUCGCUGCGCCCCCUCACCUGCAUCUAUGACGAGGCGCGGCCCACGAGCGAGGCCUGGCGCACCCAGGGCCACGACGGCAGGGGUGGCUAUGAGUACCCCUACAACCCCAGCACUGACGAUUACUCGGUACCCGCCUUCCCCGCCAAGGCCAAGAGCCCCAAGCCAGUGCCAGCCCCCAAGCCCCAGGCAGCCUUCAUCCCCAAAGGGGCAGAAAGGCCGGAGGAGCCUGGCAGGCGAUGGGCCGGCGCUGCUCCUGAGAAGGUGAUCACCAAACCCAGCCUCAACAGCAGCAACAACAACAACGUGGAGGUGCUGUACAGCCAGGUGGUGAAGCCCCAGCAGCUGCAGAAGAAGGAGCAGUGUGUGGAUGAGUACAGCUUGUCGCCUCUCUAUGAGGACUUAGGGGAGAUAUAAGCUGCUGCUGCUCUGUGUCUGUAUCCCAGCAGGGACUGGACAUCCCAGUGCCAGCUGGGCUUCUCCCCAGGGUGACUUGGGGCUGUUUGGGCUCAGGCAGAGCCUCUUUUGCUCACCAGUGCUGAAGGGCUGUGUUUCCCUGGAGGGAAGAGAGGGCUGUGGCUGGUGUAAUCCCCAGUGUGUUUGUCCAGCUCUGGAGCUGGCUCCACUGUGCCUUCUCAUCUGCAGGAGGGCUGGUAUUUUCCUGUACCUGCUGCUCUGGCUCUGCUCUGGCUUCCUGUCUGACCAGGCUGCAGGGCUCUGGUGCCUGUUGUGGUGUGUGGAAGGCUGCUCGCUGUCAGUCUCCAGAAGUAUUUUUAUACAAAGUUAUUUUAAUAUUAAAGUCUGUAUGUCUCAGAACAACAUGUUUGCCUGUGGCAUGGAUGGGGAGGUGCAGGUGCAUGUUUGUGUCUGUGCCAGAGCUACUGAGCUAAGAGGGAGCCUCAAAGAAAAGUGCCUGCCAGGUUGAGCUGAGGCUGGGUGCCCUGAUGCCAGGAGAUAAGGGAGAGUCACUCAGAUAUGUGAUGACCUCCAGGCAUAAGGCUGGGCAGGGACAGGCACCAGCUCUGCUGCUGUGUUGCAGCUCAGAGGCUGUUAAUGAAUCACAGGAUCUCUCCUUCUCCAGCUUGAUCCCACUGCUGAUCCCUGCCCUGCUCCCAGCUGCUUUGGAAGGCCUGGAAAGGCCCAGUCUGGAUCUCACUGACUUUAAUUGCAAAAUCUGUGAUCCCUGUGGUGUGGUUUGGGUGACUGCUGUGUGGCCAGCCUUGGGCAGAAACCUUCCCAGUAAAAAACCAGGUUGUCCUUUCUGUGUGGGGCCAGGCCAGGCAUGCUGGCAUUGGCUGUCCCCAUGUCUGGAUGGGGCUGCUGGUGACUUGUGCAGGUUUAGCAGCCUGUUGCUAGUGACAGAACAGGCAGGUGACAGGCAGCACUGUGCUGUACCUGUGCAGAGGGCUAAGCACAACUUCAGCCCCAGCACAGCCAAACUGUCAGGGAAAUGUGGAGGUUCAGGUCCCCAGGCUGGUGAGGUGGUGAUAAAGGGAUGAGCUCUGGUCAUUUAUCUGAUGCCCAGGUUGCAGGGGGAAGCCUCAGUCCUGUAAAAAUAAAGCUCAGCUGUGGCCAGGAA